GAGCCGAGCAGAGCCGAGUGGAGACGGACGGAAGAGAGCCGGAGGAGACCGACCGAGGGAGGGAGUGCACAAACACCGACCGAGACUAACACAGACACCGACACGGAGCCGGAGUCCCCCGGAGGCUGGAGCGAUGACCGCAGGGACCACGCAGUGCUAGCGGUGUUGCUGCGACAUGUUUGAGGGUUGAAGUCGGACCCGCGGUGAGCUGCUCCCGGAUUCAUCGAAGUUUUGUCUUGAAGAAGUUGACGGCGGUCGGGGCUGCCCUCUCCUCCACCUCCUCCACCUCUUCCACCUCCACCUCCUCCUCCUCCGAGCCGCAGCCAUGGUGUCCUGGAUGAUCUCCAGAAGCGUCGUGCUGCUGUUUGGAUACCUGUACCCAGCCUACUACUCCUACAAGGCCAUCAAGACCAAGAACGUCAAGGAAUACGUGCGAUGGAUGAUGUACUGGAUUGUAUUUGCCCUCUACGCUGUUGUGGAGACGAUCACUGACCUAACGCUGGCAUGGUUUCCUCUGUACUACGAGCUGAAGAUAGCCUUCGUCAUCUGGCUGCUGUCCCCCUACACCCGAGGAGCCAGCCUGAUCUACCGGAAGUGUCUCCACCCGCUGCUGUCGUCCAGAGAGAGGGAAAUCGACGAGUACAUCGUGCAGGCCAAAGAGAGGAGCUACGAGACCAUGGUCAACUUCGGGAAGCAGGGGCUGAGCAUCGCCGCCACGGCCGCCGUCACUGCAGCGGUCAAGGGCCAGGGCGCCAUCACGGAGAAGCUGCGCAGCCUGAGCAUGCACGACCUGACCCAGAUCAGCCAGCAGGACGAGCAGGGCCAGCCGCUCUACCCCUACAGCUCCCACGCCGCCAACCCAGCCGCCAGGAGGGCGGCCAGCGGCGCCGCCGGAGACCCGGACGAGUACCUGUAUGAUCAGGAGGAGAGGACGGACGAGGAGAUGGAGCCCACCUUCUCCGAGGACGAGGCCGUCACCCAGCGAGGACUGAGACGCUCGCAGAGCGUCAAGCUGACCCGGUCCAGAGUGCGCAAAGACGUUCGGUAUGGGUCUCUGAAGAUUAAAGGCAAGAAGAGACCUGCUCUGAACUCCAUCAACUACGGGAUGUGAAGACACUACUGCUGACACACACACACACACACACACACACACACACACACACACACACUCACACACACUCACACACACUCUGACACUCUGCUGACAUAUUUAUUCCCUGCAGCUCAGGGGGGGUGUCCCCUCUCUGAGGACUUUGUCUUCUGGUAUCUGUGGGACGCUGUCUUUGUUCUUUUGGAACUUUAUCAGUAGUCAUUGAGACGCUUUGAUGGGUCUUGUUCACUCUGGGUUUUAUGCGCCUGUGGUUCCACUGAGGAGUGAGACGUCCUCUGUGAGGAGUGCCCCGAUGGACCUGGACCGGGACCAGAACCUGGACCGGGAACAGAGCAGUAUGGACCACAGUUGGAUCUCAUUAACCUUCCCUGAGAUGUCUUGUGCUCGAUAACGUGGACGUGAGGUGGGGGAGUCUCAGACCAGCUGCAGAGAACGUUCCACCCGCUGGUGGACGGAGAACCUUCCGGACCGGCCCUCUGCGGGGAACGUCCCCCUCCUCCUGUCAGGACUGAUUCCAGGAUGAAAAUCCUCUUUUUACAUGUGACCUUUGCUUUUUAUACGUGUGUAAAAGUGAAUGUGGACCAGCAGGGGGCAGCAGACCAGCUGAUCGCCUUAUGGACCUGUGUGUGAGUGUGUGUUCUCAGUCUGCUCUUGCUCUUAAUAUAUUGAUGUGGUUUCUAAUGAGGCGAAGUGUGGUUCAGUCGUUUGAACUGAAGCUAAAAGGCUGAAAAGAGACGAUCACAGCAGAAACUGCUGGAAACACCCAUGAAAUGUCCUGAGUUUUAGAUUGUAGUUGAUAAACUCCUCAGUGUGUCUUCAGAGUCCCGCUGGACGCUCGUCAGCUGUGCUGCUUUUAAUCUGAAAGUCGACCGUGUGACUGGUUUGGGGACGAGCCGUCUCCUGGUCACCAGCUUCCACCAAAUCGUGUGCAUAAAGCUUUAUUUGUCUUUAACUUUUGCCUUCACUGACGGCAGAGCUGGUUCCUCUUUGUCCUGGAAACAGACCGACUGGCUGAACGAGGUCAGCAGAGCACUGACGGAGCGGUCCGGGCUCCAGGGCCUCUCCUGGAGAACCGGGCUCCGCUCACAUUCCUCCAACCAGAAACCAGCUUCAGUCUGUUUUCUUCCAGUGUGAUCCAGAAGGCUUUCCUGGGAUUGUCACCGUCGUUUUGCACCUUUUUAUCCAGCUGCUGCAGCUUCAUCUCAGCUGUGAGGGAAUUCAAAGCUUUGAAAUAAAAAACCUGAAACACA